AUGAAAGAGGUUCGUGCGUGUUUUUUUAGUUCUUCUUCGUCUUCCAAUUUUUUUUUCUGGACCAUUCUCUUCUUAUCACAAAAAAAAGUUCCGGAUUUUAGCGGAGAUAAUAAAGAGAAAAAUGAACCGUGGUCAACUUUCUGAACUUUUUUUUCUCUGAAGUUCUGAUAACUUUUCUCUCUUCAUCAAUAAUAAUUUGAAGCAUUUCCAGGUUUACAUUCCUUGUACCACAAAUGAAGAUAAUUCGUCUAAAUGGCUUUCUGAGCGCAAGAGAAACCUCUACGAUUUCGUUCCAAUCCUUGAUUGGCUUCCAAAGUCAGUUAUCAUGUCAUUUGUUGCCAUUGAAAAUAAGAAAUUUUCUCUCAAAGAUUCCUACGAUAUUCAACUUGGAAAAAACAUUUUCGAGUAGAAGUUGGUUUUUUCACAAAAAAUCUCAAGUAAUAAAAAAAUUGGAAGCCUCUUCGCCACGAAAAUUUACCAAUUUUUAGGUACAAAUGGAAGAAAUGGAUUCAAGGCGACCUGAUUGCCGGAUUGACCGUCGGAAUUAUGCACGUGCCCCAGGGUAACGAUCAGUUAAAAUCAAAUAUAAAUUCUCGAAAAAUCCAGGAAAACGUUUCAAAUUUGCAUAUUUAUAUUUUGUUGUAAUAAACAAAAACCGUUUAGAAAUUACGAAAUAAUUAUGAUAACUUUAUUCAAAAAAAUUGAUUUUUUUCAAAGUAAACUUGGAAACAAUGUAUGUUCCGAGGACUGAAAAUUUGAAUUUUGAAACUUCUGAGGAAAAAAACGGUUCUUUUUUUCUUCAAGGAAUGGCCUACGCAAGUUUGGCGGGUGUCGCUCCGAUCUACGGACUGUACUCGUCGUUCUUCGCCUCGAUAAUUUACAUGAUGUUUGGAACGUCCCGCCACAUUUCCAUCGGUUAUUCUUUUUCUUACAAAAAUUAUAAUGUGCAGGAGAAAGACUGAGAUGGGUUUUAGGGCUAUUUAUUUUUGCUCUUCGAAAGUUUUCUCAUUAGAAAUCGCGAUUUGAUUUGAAGUCAUCUUUCAAUCUCGGGGUUGAAGUGAAAACUCUUUUUUUCAAAGUUUAAUCUCUUCAUUUUGUUAAAAUCAGUUUCAAGAGAAAAAUUUGCAUUUUGCCGUUUUUGGAAAUUAAAAAAAAAACGAUUUUUGUUGACUAGUCACUGAUGGAAUUUCGCCGAUUUAAAAAUUUUGUCUUGGUCAAUGAUCAACGGAAGAUUUAUGUUGCUUCUGAAUCAAGAAAAACUUUCCUUUUUAUCUCCAACUUUUCUCAUUCUUUGUAGGAGUGUUCGCUGUAGCCUCCAUGAUGGUCGGAGCUUCCAAAGCUCGUCUUGCUCCGAGCCACGAAGAACUGGCUCUUUCCAACCGCACGAGUUUUCCUCUUGGGAAAUACGUCGAACCUCUAGAGUUCACCAGCGCCCUCACUUUUAUGGUCGGCGUCCUUCAGGUUUAUCUUCAACUCGAAGAAUUCCGAGAACUUCAAGCUUCCAGAUAGUUCUGGGAUUAAGUCGACUCGGUUUUCUGGCGACUUACCUGUCGGAUCCGCUCGUUUCCGGCUUCACUACUGGCGCUGCUGCUCACGUCUUUACGUCGCAACUCAAUAAAAUCUUCGGCGUCACGCUCCCGCGUCAUGAAGGCGUUGGAAUGCUUCUUAAGGUACUCUUCUCGGAAAAGAGCCGAAAUUCGCUUCGGCCGUCUGACCUCUUCUUUUACAAUAAUAACUUCGGAAAUAAUUUUUUCUAUCUCCCAUUAUGCGCCAGAUGAUCCACGACGUGAUGUAUUCGCUGAGGCAAACGAACGGCGUCGCUUUAGUCAUCUCGAUUUUCGGCUUAAUCUUCCUGGAUGUUGGCAGGACCUACUUGAAUCCACUCGUGAAGAAAUACGCCCCGGUUCCGCCGCCACUCGAGCUUUUAUUGGUGAAUAGAAAAUGCAAGUAAUGCAGAGGACAGCUGUCUAUUUAGGUGAUCAUUGGAAUCUUGAUGUCUGUAACUUUCGGAUUGAACGAAAACUACAACGUCAGCAUUGUCAACACAAUCCCUAGAGGGUAAGACUUCCACUACCAAAAAAUUCUGGCAUAUCGAUUCGUUCUUUAUUCACUUUCCUUGUUUCAUAAUCUUUUCUUGAAACUUUAAAUCUCCAGCAUAAAAAGUUAAAAUCGAUGAUAGAGAUUGAGGACAGAACGAUGUGGCAGAAUCUGAUCAAUUUUUUUGAAAAUCCGCAACCCAAAGUAAAAUGAUUAGUUUGUAAGAGAGGGCUUUAUCGAAACUUCGCAGUUUCGGACCGAACUGUGCGACUUCUUCAAGUAAUUGUUCUGCAGAAUGCCUGCGCCGUCGAUCCCUCGUACGGAUAUCAUGUUUCUACUCCUCUCCGACGCCCUCUGCAUCGCCAUCGUCUGUUACACGUUUGUCAUGUCGAUGGGCAAGCUCUUCGCCAAGAAACACAAGUACAAGACCGACGCCACCCAGGUGCACAUGUCCUCCUGUCUCUCUCCACAAUGAACGAUUUCAGGAGCUCUACGCCGUCGGAAUCAUGUCUAUCGCCUCGUCGUUCUUCCCAGUUUAUCCAGUCGGCGCGUCGCUUUCUCGCUCUUCAGUCUGUGAGAUGUCCGGCGCCAACACUCAGGUUGGAGACUUGAAGAAAGCAUGAAGGGCACAGAUAGUCGGAGCUUCAAUGAUUAUAACUUAUCCAAUGAUCAGUUUCAACCCCAAAGAGUUCACUUGGAUCUAGAAUUUUUGAAAGAAAGCUACAUAGAUUUAUAUCAAUUGGGCCUCAGAGGAAAAUAUUGGAAGUACUCGUUUAGAGGUUAAUUGAUCAACAACUUUUAAGGUUCUCUCUUAAACUUUGAUCGUUUUCAUACUGAAACCCACUUUCAGUUCUACAACGUCUUCUCUUCGUUGCUCCUUUUGUUAGUGAUCCUUUUCCUGGGUCCACUUCUCGAGCCUCUUCCAAUGGUUUUUCCCAACAGAAUGGACUGUUCUCAACUGUUUUUACAGUGCAUCCUCGCUUGUAUCGUGAUUGUCAGUCUGAAGAGUUUGUUCCUGCAAGUCAAGGAGUUGCCGCGGCUUUGGAAGAUCUGCAGAUAUGACUUUGUGAGAUCAUUCUCUAGAUUAGGAUUUUUUGAAGAUAAAAAGUUAUUAAAAUUGGAUGAUACAGAAAAUUGAAGGAUAUGGAUUCCUAGAGAAAUUAUGAUUUUUUAAAGUUAAGUAAUUUCAAGGUUUUCGGGAAAAAAGCAAUACUUAAAAGAAAGUAUUUUGUAAUUCUGGAAUGGUUCCAAAUUUUGAAAAGGAAGAAUACGAAAGCUCCCACUAGCGUUAUUUUGGUAAUCCUUGCCUAAAGUUGAAUCUCGAAAAAUAUUGGUGGGUUUACUGACUCAAUGAAAAAUAUUGAGGCGAUUUGGGUGGUCGCCUGCGUGGCCACAAUCGUCACAGAUGUCACCAAGGGCUUGCUCAUUUCUGUAGCCUUUGGACUGAUUACUGUGGUCAUCCGACAGCAAUGGUUUCUUAUUCUCAACAGAGGACAUUCGAAAUAUCCCAAUUUUCAGGCCCAGUUUCACCGAAGAAGCCGUGGAUGAUACUCCUCGUACACACAUUCCUCCAGGCGUCAUUAUCGUCAAAUUCGACUCUCCGAUCCAUUUUGUCAACGUUCAAUAUUUCAUUGAGAAGAUGACGAACACAAUCAGCAAAACUCCGAAGCAAGAAGUGAAUCGAAUAGAACAAACUGAAGACAAUAAACUUGAAAUACAGCUUUUGAUGGGACCUGAAGACCGUGCGAUUUUGGUGGACUGUUCUUCGAUUGGCUACAUCGACACGAUGGGUCUCGACGCACUGCGAGAAGUUCGUCUUCGAAAAAAAGUCUUUUAUUUCUAAAAUUUUUCAGGUUCACUCGUUGGCAGCGAAGGGAAAUGCGCGAAUAUACUACUGCGCUUUUAAUUGUGAGUUUUGAAUCGGUAGAACGCUUUAAAAGCCAAAAAUUUAUUUCAGAAAAGAGACGUUUUUGACCAAAGUUUAGCCUUUCAAAAAAAAAAAAAACGUUUUUCGUUCAAUGUUUGUUAAGAAACUUUUUCUCGAUAUGACUGAAUUUUUUUACAAAAAAAGCUUUCAAAAAGCAAACCUUUUUGUUCAGUUUCAAGUCUAAAAAGCUUUUUUUAUCGAAGAUUUUUAUAUUUUUUUUUCAAGAUGGCGUCCGCGAAAUGAUCGAAGACGACGAGGAGACCUCUUCCGACAUUCCGAAAACCGUUUUCCAGCCUUCCAUCGCCAGAGCUUGUCUUGAAUUGAGCAGAGCCUAA